UUCACCUCGGCACCAUAUUCUCACUAAGAUGGCGGCGGCAGGUGAAUUUAUCGACGAGUGUCAUCGCCGUAUUUUGAAUUUAGCAAGGGUAUUACGAGAGAACGAUUCGUCAAUCGAAAUUCUUGAGUCUUCAUACACAGAGCUUACAGCCCUCAUCAGAAAUAUUCGUCGGGUUUCUCAAGAAUCGCCGGAUGCCGUCGAGUUGGGCCAUAUCGCCGAAAGCAUUAUUCAUGCAAUAGAUGGUCAAAAACGGGUUCUAGAGCCAGCAUUUGAAUUCAGAAGACCUCGCCAGUUAAGGACAAAAGGGCGGCCACUCUACUACAUUUCACGAGAACAUCUCACACAUCUUGUGGAAUUAGGGUAUACCAAGAAGCAGAUGGCACAGAUGCUCCAUGUUUCCACUUCAGUCGUGAAGCGCCGGUUAAGACUCUGUGGUAUCAAUUUAAGAGCAAGGUUCUCCACCCUUUCUGAUGAGGAGCUAGACAGACGAGUGCAAGAUUUUGUCACUGGGAACAGGAACUUAGGCCAGAGGAUGGUUCAGGCCAUGUUACUGACAGAUGGGCACCGAGUUCAACGGCAGAGAGUCGCAGACAGCCUUAUCCGGGUUGAUGAAGCAGGAGUUGCCAUGAGGUGGGCCCAUGCUAUACAGAGAAGAACAUACAAGGUUUCUGGACCAAAUGCCCUCUGGCACAUUGAUGGCAACCAUAAGCUGAUCAGGUGGGGCUUAGUAAUCCAUGGUGGCAUUGAUGGCUACUCCAGGCUGAUAACCUUUCUCACAGUAGCUUCCAACAACAAGUCAGCAACCAUGAUGGAGAGUUUCCUGGGAGGCACAACCAAGUAUGGUGUUCCAUCACGCGUGCGUUCAGAUCACGGGUUGGAAAACACUGGUGUUGGAGCUUUCAUGCUUGGGUACAGAGGAGCUGGCAGAGGGUCAUUCAUAACUGGCAGGAGCGUUCACAACCAACGCAUUGAAAGGAUGUGGAGAGACAUGUACAGGUCAUGUACACACGUGUUUGCGGAGCUUUUCCGCCACCUGGAGGAGACUGGGAACCUCCAUCCAUCCAAUGCUAUACAUCGAUGGUGCUUGCACUUUGUGUAUCUGCCUCGAAUUCAGAGAGCCCUUGACACAUUCAGAGAAGCAUGGAACAGACAUCGCCUUAGAACAGAAGGAGGAAUGACACCAACCCAGUUAUUCUUUCAAGGUGUUCACAGGUUUGCUGGUCAGGGACACACUGGUAUUGAUGACCUGGUCAUGCCUCCAGAUGAUGCAGAUCAGAUGAUAGACGAGGCAGAGUAUGGUGUGGAAGAAGAGGGCCUCAUCACAGAAGAGCCUCAUGAAGAGCAGGUCAACGAGGAAGCCAGUCCUCUCGCACCAGAGCAGUUAGUCAGACUGAGAGACCUCGUCAACCCUCUGGAGGGAUCAGACCUUGGAGUGUCCCUGUUCACUGAAACUGUAGCCUUUGUUGAAAAUGUGAAUGUUUAGUUUGUUGUUUUACUGCAAGAGAGUGUUGUGACAAAGAUGAUGUUUGAAAUACAGUUGAAGCUUGACAUCAUAACGAUCACCCCAAUUGUAAUAUCGAAACAUUUCUUGCCAUUCCUAGCAGUAUUAUUCUGAUCAUUUAUGUCUGCAUAAUGAUUAUAUUUUAGUAGCUAUGCGUCGAAUAAUAAAAAUAUGGACUCAUUUCUACAUAUUUUUGGAUCACUCCUGGCAUAUUAAUUGACAAUAAAAGUAAUGCUAUACAUCGAUGGUGCUUGCACUUUGUGUAUCUGCCUCGAAUUCAGAGAGCCCUUGACACAUUCAGAGAAGCAUGGAACAGACAUCGCCUUAGAACAGAAGGAGGAAUGACACCAACCCAGUUAUUCUUUCAAGGUGUUCACAGGUUUGCUGGUCAGGGACACACUGGUAUUGAUGACCUGGUCAUGCCUCCAGAUGAUGCAGAUCAGAUGAUAGACGAGGCAGAGUAUGGUGUGGAAGAAGAGGGCCUCAUCACAGAAGAGCCUCAUGAAGAGCAGGUCAACGAGGAAGCCAGUCCUCUCGCACCAGAGCAGUUAGUCAGACUGAGAGACCUCGUCAACCCUCUGGAGGGAUCAGACCUUGGAGUGUCCCUGUUCACUGAAACUGUAGCCUUUGUUGAAAAUGUGAAUGUUUAGUUUGUUGUUUUACUGCAAGAGAGUGUUGUGACAAAGAUGAUGUUUGAAAUACAGUUGAAGCUUGACAUCAUAACGAUCACCCCAAUUGUAAUAUCGAAACAUUUCUUGCCAUUCCUAGCAGUAUUAUUCUGAUCAUUUAUGUCUGCAUAAUGAUUAUAUUUUAGUAGCUAUGCGUCGAAUAAUAAAAAUAUGGACUCAUU